GGGAUGAAGAGGUCUGUAUGGAAAAACAGUCACAACUGGAGAGCUUUUGUUGUCUCAAGAAAGAAAACAUUUGCAAAUGCAGAUCCCUUCAGAAGUUACCUUGAGUAUUUUAUUGCAGAAGAAAAAUAUGCCCUAAUGGUACCAAUAGGGGUCAAACAACUUCUAUAAAGAAAAUUACUAAAAUAUGUUUUGCUGAAGAUAUUCCCGAAGAAUCAUUUCAGGUGCCACACUAAAAAAAUGAUCCAGUUGACAGCUACCCCUGUGAGUGCACUUGUUGAUGAGCCAGUGCAUAUCCAAGCUACAGGCCUGACUCCCUUUCAGAUGGUGAGUUUUCAGGCAUCACUGGAAGAUGAAAGUGGAAACAUGUUUUAUUCUCAAGCCCACUAUAGGGCCAAUGAAUUUGGUGAGGUGGACCUGAAGCAUGCUGCUUCACUUGGAGGGGAUUAUAUGGGAGUCCACCCCAUGGGCCUCUUCUGGUCUCUGAAACCUGAAAAGCUAUUAACAAGACUGUUGAAAAAAGAUGUGAUGAAUAAGCCUUUCCAGGUCCAAUUAAAACUUUAUGACUUAGAGUUAAUAGUGAACAAUAAAGCUGCCAGUGCUCCAAAGGCCAGCCUGACUUUGGAGAGGUGGUAUGUGGCACCUGGUGUCACACGAAUUCAGGUUCGAGAAGGCCGCCUUCGAGGAGCUCUCUUUCUUCCUCCAGGAGAAGGUCGCUUCCCAGGGGUAAUUGAUUUGUUUGGUGGUUUGGGUGGGCUGCUUGAAUUUCGGGCCAGCCUCCUAGCCAGUCGUGGCUUUGCCUCCUUGGCCUUGGCUUACUUUAACUAUGAAGACCUGCCCGCCAAACCAGAAAUAACAGAUUUGGAAUAUUUUGAGGAGGCUGCCAACUUUCUCCUGAGACAUCCGAAGAUCUUUGGCCCAGGCGUUGGGGUAGUCUCUGUAUGUCAAGGAGUACAGAUUGGACUAUCUAUGGCUGUUAACCUAAAGCAAGUCACAGCCACGGUACUUAUUAAUGGAACCAACUUUCCUUUUGGCAUUCCACAGGUGUAUCGUGGUAAGAUCUAUCAGCCCUUUCCCUAUUCUGCACAAUUAAUAUCCACCAGUGCCUUGGGGUUACUAGAGCUCUAUCGCAUUUAUGAGACAACUGAAGUUGGGGCCAGUCAAUAUUUGUUUCCUGUUGAAGAGGCCCAGGGGCAUUUCCUCUUCAUUGUAGGAGAAGGCGAUAAGGUUAUCAACAGCAAAGCACAUGCUGAACAAGCCAUAGGACAGCUGAGGAGACAUGGGAAGAACAACUGGACUCUGCUAUCUUACCCUGGGGCAGGCCACCUCAUAGAACCUCCCUAUUCUCCUCUGUGCUGUGCCUCAAUGACCCGCGAUUUGAAGUUACAUUGGGGAGGAGAGGUGAUCCCACAUGCAGCUGCACAGGAACAUUCUUGGAAGGAGAUCCAGAAGUUUCUUAGGAAGCACCUCAUUCCAGAUAUGACCAGUCCACUCUAAGACUAGAUAUUCCUAGAAAAUAAAGAAGCAAAUCUCUUUACCAGGACCUUCUCUCAAUUUUCAUGGCGGAAUGUCUCCCCCAACUGCCAUAUACAUUUUGUAUUAAUUUUGAUGAUUAAAAAGAGCAUAGGGUAAAAACCUGAUAUUUCACUUAUACUGCAUAACAAGCUACCAAACUGGACAUGGUGGAUAUAUCAUAAAACAAAUCAUAUUAGUUGUUAUUUACAUGACUUUUCUUUCCAUCAGGUCUUCUAGAUAGGACUGAGGUAUAGUACACUGGCAAAAAUAAGAAAAGGCAAACAAGAAUAGCACCAAAGUAACAGAUACCUAAAACCAAAUACCAUGUCAGAACACACUAUAUAGUAAGAAUUCAUCGGAUUAGAGCAGCAGGAGAAAGGUAAUACUAAAUUAUAAUCAUUUUAGUGAUAUUUUUCAACUUCACUACAGUAACUUUGCAACAUCAUUUUUCAUUUGUGGGGUAGUAAAAUUCAUGUCAAAAAGGAAAGAAGGAAUGGAGGAAGUCAGUUAGUUCAUUGCAAUAAAUUACCUCUUCAGUUCUUAAAAACAUGCCCACUGGCACAUAAUUGAGACAUAAUAACUAAGACUAGAAGAGACUGGGUUUAAGUUAUGAAGCAAAUUAAAAUGAAAAAGACAAGAAAAUAGAACCAAUGAGGUUGAAAAUGCCCCUUACUGAAAAUCUGUAAUAAAAAUAAAAUUAAUAAAAGUAAAAAAUAAAUAUAGAAACACAACUCUACUAGUACAGGCUAGCCUGGGGAGUUUGAUGAACUGAGUGAUUGGGUCAACUGUUACUGUACUUCCAUAAUGAAUUUCUUCAGUCAUGUUAGAGUAGCACAUGAAUGUGAGCCUUAUAAGGACAGGUACUAUAUUUCUAUAAGACCCAAAUAGUUACUGUACAUCCCA